AUGGCUGAGAUGCAACGAUGGACGGUGACCGAGCCCUAUAUCAAAAUGAGUUGUGGGUUGGGCGAAGCACCAUACUACGAAAGCAGCCGGCAUACCCUCCGAUUUGUAGACAUUGUCAAGGAGAAAUUACACAUAGUCGAUCUCAACAAAGGUCCAUCGUCGUUGGAAUCAUUUGAUCUGGGUACUCCUGUUAGCACAACGGCGGACAUCGAAGGCUCUGAUGAUGAAAUCAUUGUCGGUGCCAAGCAUGGAUACGCCAUCAUGAACAGAAACACGAAGAAGCUUGAGUACAUCAAGAAGGUCUGGGAGGAGCGUGAUGGACUGGGAAAGGACGAGAGAAUGCGCUUCAAUGAUGGUGUCGUCGACCACGAGGGAAGAUAUUGGGCCAGUACAAUGAAUGACCCCAAAGUGAAGGCACCUCCAACAGACGAAGGAGUACUGUUUCGUCUGGAUCCGGACAUGACCCUCCAUCGAAUGAUCGAAAAAGUAUCGAUCCCCAACGGCAUAUGCUUCAGUCCCGAUGCAAAGAUUAUGUACUUCAUUGACUCACCUACGAGUAACGUGUUUAAGUUCGAGUACGACAGAAAGACGGGUGAUAUCUCCAAUCGCGAGGUGUUCUACCAUGUCGAAGGAGACGCUGUGCCUGACGGCAUGACUAUCGAUGUAAAUGGGUGCCUGUGGAUCGCGAUCUGCGGCGGUGGCAAGGUUCUGAAGGUGUCACCAGAGGCAAAGGUCGUGGGGGAAAUUUUGCUACCUUACGCGAGAAUGAUUACGUGCCCGGCCUUUGCUGAUGAGGACUUGUUCAUCACGUCCGCAGAAGAAGAGGAACCUGACAAAUAUCCAGAUUCGGUCAAGUAUGGAGGCAGCUUAUUCAAAGUUCACGUGGGGGUAAAUGGCCUCGGAGUGCACAACUUCAAACGACGUUGA